CGUUCGCUUUACUCCUACAGUGCAGCACUGCAGCAUGGCAACCCUAAUCGGCCUCUCCAUACGAGUCAAGCUCAUGAGAUGCCUGCCCCGAAGAUUUAAGGUGGACAUUCGGCUAUCUCCAGGGUCUCACGCUUCGGAAGCAGAAGUGAACAAGCAGCUGAAUGACAAGGAGAGGGUAGCAGCGGCUCUUGAGAACCCUAACCUGUCAGACAUGGUCGACCGGUGCCUUGCCCCUUCCAUGUAA